AUGAACGUGGACGGAGCAGUUGAAGACGACCACUCGGACGGACCGUAUGCUGGCUUUGACGAAGGUCAAGAAGAGUAUGACCAAGGCUUUGCCCCUGCUGCUGGCUAUGACCUCGCCACCGAGGACGACGCGCCUGCCAAUGGCCUUCUCGCCGCUACUGAACCCGUCGACAACUAUGGAUACUCCACCUCGCCCACAGCUCAGCCCGCGACAUCAGCUGCUCCUCUCUCGACUGCUGCUGCGGGCGCCGGCCCGGCUGGCGCUGGUCCGGCUCCGGCAAGCGCUGGCCCGGUCUUUGGGGCUCAGCCGCUUGUCUUUGGUGCUCAGCCGCUUACAACCGGCAACUCGUCUGGGGUAGGCCAGGCGGCGGGCAUGUCCCCCGGAGUAUCGGCUGGCACCGGAAGUGGCCCUGCUCGUGCGCCCCCGACCGGUGGAUCGGGUGUGGUGUUUGGUGCGCAGCCGCUGGCCUUUGACUCGGGCUUUGGCGCGAGCGGUGGCGCAGGCGCCGCCAGCAACAUGGCUUCGCUCGGCCUCGGUGAUGAUCAGGGCCUGGGCAGCGGCGGGCCGAGUGGAACUGCGUUUGCGGAUCUGUCGUCGGCGGGCAAGUUUGGCUUUGUGGCCAAGCGGAUUGUCUUUGUGCAGGGCUACUACGUCGUCUCGUAUGCGCUCGGCAUCUAUCUCCUCAACCUGCUCGUCGGCUUUGUCUCGCCCAAGGUCGAUCCGAUGGCCGACGACGGCGCGCCGCUGCUGCCGACCAAGUCGGACGACUCCGAGUACCGGCCGUUUAUGCGCAAGCUCCCCGAGUUUGCGUUCUGGUACUCGGCGACGCGGGCCACGCUUGCCGCGCUCUUCUCCACCUUCUUUGCCAUCUUUGACGUGCCGGUCUACUGGCCGGUCCUCCUCAUGUACUUUGUCGUUCUCACCGCCGUCACCUUCCGCAAGCAGUACGAGCACAUGCGCAAGCACAACUAUGUCCCGUGGUCGUUCAAGAAGGUCUACGGCCGCAAGUAA